AUGGAUCUGAUAAGGCUAACAAAUACCAAACCCAUCUUUAUUUACUCACCAAUUAUACGCCCUUUAACUUGUGUUACAACAACGCUUCAGAAACAGAACCAAAUACACCCACAAGACCCUACUUCUCCAGUAUUGCAGCCACAGACAAAUCCACAAGCUUUAAAUGAGAGUUUACUCAAAAGGGUAUCUUCUAUUCUUUCUAACCCAUCUUUAGAUUGUGCUAAAUGUAAAGAAUUAGUUCCCCAUUUGUCCCCUCAAGAGUUUGAUUGCUGUUUUUUAGCUGUUAAAUCAAAUGUGAAUCCAAAAACAGCUUUAAAUUUUUUUCAUUUUGUAUCCGAGACUUGUAAUUUUCGUUUCACAGCCCGAUCUUAUUGCCUUUUGAUUCGGUUGCUUGUUGGUAAUGAUCUUUUGUCUCCUGCAAGAUUGCUUUUGAUUCGUUUGAUUGAUGGGAAAGUUCCAGUCUUGUAUGCGAGUAAUUUUAUGAGUAGACAUAUUGAGAUUGCACAAAUAAUGGCUGAUUUGAAUUUGGUGUCUGAGUCUGUUAUUCAGGUUAAAAUUUCUGAUUUACUGGUACAUGUUUAUAGUACACAGUUCAAACAUCUGGGUUUUGGUUUUGCUGUUGACGUGUUUAGUUUGUUUGCGAAAAAGGGUUUGUUUCCAUCACUAAAGACAUGCACUGUUUUGUUGAGUUCUUUAGUGAGGGCUAACGAGCUAAAAAAGAGCUUCGAGGUGUAUGAUUUUCUCUGUCUCGGUGGUAUCAUUCCAGAUGUUCACUUGUUUAGCACAAUGAUUAAUGCAUUUUGUAAGGGACGCAGAGAGGGGGAUGCUAUUGGGUUGUUUUCAAAAAUGGAAAAGUUGGGUGUUGCUCCAAAUGUUGUUACGUAUAAUAAUAUCAUUCAUGGCUUGUGUAAGAGUGGGAGAUUAGAUGAGGCAUACCGGUUUAAAGAAAAGAUGGUAAAAGAGAAAGUGAGUCCGAGCCUAAUAACAUAUAGUGUUCUCAUUAAUGGUUUGAUUAAGUUGGAGAAAAUUGAUGAUGCAAAUCGUGUUUUGAAGGAAAUGUCUGAGUUUGGUUUUGUGCCAAAUGAGGUUGUAUAUAACACAUUGAUUGAUGGGUACUGUAAGAUGGGAAAUAUUAGCGAAGCACUAAAAAUAAGAGAUGAUAUGAUAUCGAAGGGGAUAUUUCCCAAUUCAGUUACUUUGAAUUCUCUUAUACAAGGUUUUUGCAAGAGUGAUCAAAUGGGACAUGCUGAGAAUGUUUUAGAGGAGAUGAUAUCAAGAGGUUUACCAAUAAACCAAGGUUCGUUUACUUCGGUUAUUAAUUGGUUGUGCCUGAAGUUUAGGUUCGUUUCUGCAUUACAUUUUAUUAGAGAAAUGCUGUUAAGAAAUUUGAGGCCAAAUGAUGGGCUGCUUACCACAUUGCUAAGUGGGCUGUGUAAGGCUGGAAAGCAAUCAGAAGCAGUUGAACUUUGGUUUAGGCUGUUGGAGAAAGGUUUUGUUCCCAACAUGGUGACCUCAAAUGCCCUUAUUCAUGGGCUGUGUGAAGCAGGUAACAUGCAUGAAGCUGUUAAGCUUCUAAGACAGAUCCUAGAAAGGGGUUUCGAAUUUGACAGGAUAACAUACAACACACUCAUAUUGGGGUGCUGCAAGGAGGGGAAAGCCGAGGAAGGCUUUAAACUUAAGGAAGAGAUGGCCAUGAAGGGUAUUCAUCCUGACAUGUACACUUAUAAUUUAUUGCUACAUGGGCUUUUUAACAUGGAUAAGAUUGAAGAAGCUGGUAGGCUUUGGGAUGAGUGCAAAAGAAGUGGUCAUGUUCCUAAUGUUUACACAUAUGGUGUUAUGAUAGAUGGAUACUGUAAAGCCGACAAACUUGAAGAAGGUGAAAAUCUAUUCAACGAGUUAAUUUCCAAGAAACUGGAGCUAAAUUCAGUUGUUUAUAAUACUCUAAUCAGUGCAUACUGUAAAAAUGGGAAUAUGAUUGCGGCCUUUAGACUUCGUGAUGACAUGAGAAGCAGGGGCGUCCCGCUAAGUUGUGCCACAUAUUCUUCUCUGAUGCAUGGACUGGGCAAUAUUGGCCUUGUUAAUGAUGCAAAACACCUCCUUGAUGAGAUGCGAAAUGAGGGCUUGUUGCCAAAUGUUGUCUGCUAUACUGCAGUCAUCGGAGGUUAUUGUAAGCUAGGCCAGAUGAAUAAAGUCAAUGAUGUCCUGGAAGAAAUGUCUUUGCAUAACAUACAUCCCAAUAAAUUUACCUACACAAUCAUGAUAGAUGGAUUUUGCAAAUUGGGCAAAACAGAAGAAGCAGCUAAGCUUCUGAACGAGAUGACAGAAAAAGGAAUUGUUCUUGAUGCUGUCACUUACAAUGUCUUAACAAACGGGUUAUGCAAAGUAGGGAAGGUAGAAGAAACGUUUAAAGUAUGUGAUGAAAUGUCUAGUAGAGCAGUAUGUUUAGAUGAGAUUACAUACACUACAUUGAUUGAUGGGUGCCAUCAGCAGUCAACAGCCACAAAUCAAGAAUGA